AUGGUGGCCACACUGGUGACGGCACGACGCGCAGCAGUUGUCUGGGCACUGGUGACGUCAGUGUCGUUGCUGCUGGCAUACAGGUGGUACCAGGAGGAGUUGUCCCUGCUCCGUACUGUCAUUGUGGGCACGCAACAGGCACAGGCAGCUGCAGAACCGGGAUCAGCUGCACUCUGCCUGGAGGGCGUAGUGACAGUGCAACCUGGUGGCAGACUGGGGAACCUCGUGCUAGAGUACGCUUCUGCAGCUGCCGUGGCGCGGCGCCACCACCUUCGACUAGCUGUCCCGUUCGUCAUGUGCAAGUUACUGUCCACAGUCUUCGCCAACCUCACUGCAGACCCUUUGUCUGUUCUUCUGCAGCAGCCUCUGUGCCAUGGGGAUAAUCUUACUGAGUUGAAUGUGCUGGAAGACCUUCAGAGACAGCCUCCACAUCCACUCACUGUAGAGCAAACGGUGAGGUGGGCACGGAGUAGGCACAUGCCUGUCAUUCUCAGUCGCUGGAUCAUUCUGAUAGACUACAUCGCUUCCUCCUUGGAGUUCCUCCGUCAGGAACUCCGUUUCCGGGCGAAAAUACAGGACGCAGCCAACAAAAAGCUGGAUAAUAUCACAAGUGAAACUGCCCACAAAACUGGUUUCAACAAGACUCAGGUGUGCACAGUCGGGGUUCACGUACGCAGAACGGACUACGGGCCGUACAUGAGGGAGCGGUUCCACCUGCAGGAGGAGGCCGGCCCCGCCUACUACGAGGCCGCAGCAGCAGCCAUGUUGGCAGACCUGCACAGCGAGUGCGCCGCUGUCGCCUUCGCCGUCACCAGCGAUGACAGCCAGUGGUGCCAACAGCACCUGCUGCCUGCCCUCACCAGGAAGGCCUCAGCACAUGCGGCCGCCAGUGUGGGGUUCUUGAUGUCAUCGAAGAGCCCUGCGGACGACUUGUGCCUCCUGUCCUCGUGCCAGCACCUCAUCAUGGCCUACGGCACCUUCGGGAUGACCGCGGCCAUCCUGUCCGGUGGCCGGACCAUCAUGUACGACACAGCCCACCACGGCGCUCACCCACAGCCUGCCCCUCAGAUGAUGACAUCACUGGUCCCUCACUGGCGUCUCAUUCCAUAG